AUGGCUACCGCUGUCUACGUCGUUUCGGGUGCUGGUGGAGUCGGUUCCUGCGUGAAUGGUGUCUACGUAUGCGUCGGUGUUUUGAACGGCAAGCCAAAAUACCAACUGCAGAACGGCCGCGCCAUUCUCUACUUCCAAGAUCUUUGGAAAAUCAACUAUCGUGACGACGAGUCAGGUUGGUACUAUGCCCACCCAGACGACAAGUCCGAGACACCCCCCUCAGGGGAAUGGACCACGGAAGGCUACUUCUUGGGCAACGCCGAGCCCCCGCCCUCCGUGACGGUCGAACUGUUGACGCAGGAAAUCUGGGUCUCCGGCGCCGGCUGCGUUGGCUGCACCGUCAACGGUCUGUACACCCGGAUCGACUCAUUGAAUGGACGGCCGAAGUACCAGCAGGUGAAUGGCCGCGCCAUUGUGUACUUCAACGAGCACUGGAAGAUCAAUUACCGCGAUGAUGUGUCAGGCUGGUAUUAUCAGCAUCCAGAUACGACGUCCGAGACGCCGCCUAGUGGCUACUGGACGACUGAGGGCUACUUCUUCGAUGACGCUGACCCCCCACCGGUGGUCGCCAGCAUCACGCUUGAGGACGCGAGUCAACAAGACACCGUUCUCAGAUGCGCGCGCCUCUCCGUGCGCGUGCGCCGUGGACCAGACUGGUGCUGGAAUCAGCAAGACGGCGGAGCAGGUCAUUUCGGGCUGACGAUUGAGCGAUUGAGCGCAACACCUGGCUGGGUCGGCGUCUUGUGGGACACAGGUGAUGAAAACAACUAUCGAGUUGGCCAUGACGACCUCCACGACUUGGACUUGGUCACAUCCUUCCGGAUAUCGGGAGCUGGUGGCAUCUGCGAGUUCAUGAACGGUGACUACGUGCAGUUUGACACCUUCAAUGACAGACCGCGAUAUCGCCAGCAUGGCGGGGAUGCCAUCUUAUUCUUUGAGGAGAACUGGAAGCUGGGAUCUCGGCUCGAAGCGGGGUGGUACUACUGGCACCCCAACGUCUCCUCAAAGACGCCACCAACCGGUCCUUGGUCGAUGGCCUCCUACUCCUCGUCUCCAGAGAACGAUUUUAGCCCAGCACCCUCGGUCUCCGAAAUCCACGAAGUGGUCGAGACGGUUGGCAGCGAAGUCCGUUCAGGCAAGCACAGCGAUACUGCGGACAACCAGAUCUGCGGCUAUGACGAAGACUGGGAGAAUCCGGAGGAGGCACAGAAGGCCAAGUGUUCCAUUUGCCUUUGCGUCGCCCGCGAUGCUCUCUGCCAUGGGUGCGGAGAGUUGUUCUGCGAAGCCUGCUGGAUCAAGUGCCAGGCAGAAGACGAGAAGUGCCCAGUGUGUCGGCAAGACGGCAGCACAAAUGUGGCGCCUGCUUAUGCAAAUCGCAGAGCUAUACUCAACCUCAUGAUGCGCUGCCCCAACAAGUGCGGGCAGUGUUUCAGCUUGCGCGAGAAGGAGCUUCUGGGGAGUUUCCGAAAAUUAGGGUACCCUAUUUUGGGGUCCUUAUAA